ACCGCGUGUGUGUUUAGAUUUUGAGCACACCUACACCUGCCGGGUUUCUAUCAAAUUUAAAGAUCUUAGUUGCUCACUAUUAUCGCUUGAAAUAUUAAGAAUUUUGCGUGAUUAUCUUCAAAUAUUUCAUAAAUUAUGGGUAGAAAAUGGAACAAGAAAGGAAAGACCAACUCAAAACCCGAAACCGAGGAGGGUAAACUGAGUAAAGUUGAUAAGCCAAAGCGAGAGCGCACUGCUGAUGGUGGCUACAUUGUAGCAAAAAAGGAAAAUAAGGACUUCGAAACAUUUUAUAAGAAACAGGAGCUUGUGAGUGAUGAGGAAUGGCCUGCAUUUAUGAGCAGCUUGGUAAGCAGUCUGCCUGCAGCCUUCAGAAUUACUGGAAACUCAACACAAGCUGAAGCACUCCGGGAAAUCUUGAUCAAUGAUUACUUCAAGCCUCUAGAGAAUCUUUCUCCUGAAGAACUUAUUUCUACAAGCAAAAACUCUAAAUCAAAUUCAGAAAAUAUUAAUACCUCAAAUGGCAAUAAAGAGUCAGAAACUCUUUCAGACAGCAAAAAUGUUACUGCAAACUCAACUUUGGAAAUGACUGACAGUGAAGCAGGAAUGGAAGAGCCAGUGAAGCCUUUGCAGCCAGUAUGCUUAUCUUGGUACCCGCGAGGUCUGGCUUACCAACUGAACUUAUCACGACGAGACAUAAGGCGUAGUGAGGCAUACUGGCGCCUGCACCAGUGCCUCAUAUCUGAGACUGACACUGGCAACAUCAGCAGGCAGGAGGCUGUGAGCAUGAUACCUCCGCUGCUGCUCGAUGUCCAGCCUCACCAUAAGGUGUUAGACAUGUGUGCCGCCCCUGGCAGCAAGACGGCUCAGAUAAUUGAGCAGCUGCACAGCUCCCCAGACGCCCUGCGAGGAGCCAUCCCCACAGGUGUGGUGGUUGCCAACGACUCGGACAACAAGCGCUGCUACCUCCUCACUCAUCAGGCCAAGCGCCUGCAGAGUCCUUGUAUCAUCAUCACUAACCACGACGCUGCAUUCAUGCCCAACAUGUUUUACACCAAAAAUGAUGGUAGCACCGGCAAGCUCAAGUACGACCGCAUCCUGUGUGAUGUCCCGUGUUCUGGUGAUGGCACCCUGCGCAAGAACUGCGAUGUGUGGGGCAAAUGGAACCCCGUCAACGGGGCUAACCUGCACGGUCUGCAGCUUCGUAUAGCUCGUCGGGGCCUGGAGCUGCUGGCGGUUGGUGGCCGCAUGGUGUACUCCACUUGCUCCAUGAGCCCCAUGGAGGACGAGGCGGUCAUGCAGCGGCUCCUGCUCGAGACCGAGGGCGCCGUGUCGCUCGUCGACUGUACGGGGGCUCUGCCUGGCCUUAAGUACCGUAAAGGCCUGACGAAGUGGUGCGUGAUGAGCAAGGACAUGGAGGUGAUACCCAGCGCUGCCGACAUACCCCUCAAGUGGACCAACGUGUACCACAAGCAUCUCUUCCCUGUGGACCAGGACCUCGGUCUUGACAGAUGCCUACGCCUGCUGCCUCACCAGCAGGACACCGGGGGCUUCUUCGUGGCAGUGCUGCAGAAGAACGCGCCGCUGCCCGGCGAGCGUCAGGACAGCGCAGAGGCUCUGGCGCCACAGCAGCUGUCGCAGCGUGUCAAGCCCCAGUCGAGGAAGCGGCGCAGGGAUGGCUACAGGGAAGAGCCUUACUUCUACAUGAGCGACUCCAUCGCCCAGUGGGAGGCUGCCAGGGGUACCACGCCCUCUAUAAUUUCUUCAGAACCACGUGCAGCAACUGCUUCAGUUGAGCCACAAGCUCAAGAACAAACUAAUUCAGUUGAUGGCAAGCUGAAACCUACAACCCAAGAAACUCAACUUUCCGAAAGUGAAAAAAACCAUUGCAAGAUUGAUAAAGUUUCGGUACCUGACGGAAAACCUGUUGUUUCUGCUGGUGGAACUGACGGUGAACUGAUUACUGCUGGUGGAACUGACAGUGAACCGACUACUGCUGGUGGAACUGACAGUGAACCGGUUACUGCUGGUGAAACUGACGGAAAACCGGUUACUGCUGGUGGAACUGACGGUAAACUGGUUACUGCUAACCACGAACCAACAGAAGACAACAAAAUAUCUUCGGUAGAACCCGAAUCGACCUCCAGGGACCAAGACCGCAAAGAUUCUUCAUCAAGUGCAAAGACCGCGGCUCCCACGAAGCUGGCUCCUGAAGUGGACGACCUGCGCAUCUGGUCGACGAUCUCGCCCUUCUUCGGGCUACGGACGGACAUCCCUGAGGCCUCCUACAGGAACUUUAUGACUCGCAGCCGUGAGGGCAAGAGGAGGAACCUAUACUUCACCAACGCCCUCGUCAGGGACCUCAUUACCCGCAACCAGGACCGCAUGAAGAUAAUCAACACGGGCGUGAAGGUGCUGGUGCGGGUAGACAACAAGGGGACCUCGUGCGAUUUCCGACUGGCUCAGGAGGGGGUGCAGUCGCUGGUGCCGCUGCUGACGAAGCGUCGUGUGGUGGUGACGAAGGAGGACCUCUUGACGCUUCUUAACGACGAUGACAAUGACACGCCACCUGACCUCGCCACCAUGUCUGCUGGGUGCCAGCGCUCUGUUAGUGACAUGGAGACGGGCAGCGUCCUGCUGGAGUACGCGGGUGACCCCAGCGCUCAGGGGGACAGUCCCGCUGACCCUCUGCCACGCCGCACUCUCAAGAUGGAGCUGGUGGGGUGGAAGGGCAAGUCGAGCAUCCGCUGCUACGUUGCCCGCAACGACCGCGUCCACUACCUCCGUCUGCUGGGGGCGGACACGUCGCGCUUCUUGAAGAACAAAUUCCUCGACACCCACGUGGGGGGCGUGCGCCAGGGGGACCAGACCGGGGACGAGGACGCCAUGGGGAGUGGGGACGUGAUGUCAAAGACGGAUGGGGACGAGGAUGUCGUGGGGAGUGGGGACGUGAUCCCCAAGACGGAUGAGGACUUAGGAGACCAUAAGAACGGCGGGGCUUUGGAAAGUCCCAAAAGCAACGUUUCAAAGAAGCCCAAGCUUGAUGAAGUUGAUCAGAUGGAGACAACUUAGUUCCUAAUUAUUGCAUGAGAUUGUCUUGAGAGGAGAGAUACUAAAAACUGGCUUUUUA